AGUGGCCGGCUCUGAGCGGCAGACACUCCUCACCUCUCGUCAUGCAUACAGUAACAUUGCUGGUGGCGGCAGCGCUGGUAGCGGCAGCGUCGGCGGCAUCGUACACCAACAAGUUCGACAACAUCGAUGUCGACCGCAUCCUCUCCAACGACCGUAUCCUCACCCAGUACAUCAAAUGUCUCAUGGAGGAGGGCUCGUGCACCAACGAGGGCCGAGAACUCAAAAAGACUCUUCCUGACGCGCUGAAGACGGGCUGCAGCAAGUGCACGGAGAAGCAGAAGGCAGCUACUGAUAAGGUGAUAAGGCACCUGAGGAAGAACAAGUCACACGACUGGAAUCGUCUCGUCAACAAGUACGAUCCCAACGGCGAGUUCCGCAGCAAAUACGAGGCAAGACUGUCGGACGCAAGGCGCUAAACCUCGGACUCCCGGGACUGAACGAGCUCUCUGUUACAGAAUAGUAAUUUGAAUUAUCAUAAGAUCUAAAACUAAAUUUUCCAAAAACAUCUAAUAUUACUAUUUCUUUACUUGAGACUGUUUGUAAGUACAAAACUCUUAUAAGUCCAAAAUGUUGGUUCACGUCAUUACUGCAAGUGUUGUGAUAAUUGUAAGUUUCUAAGUGAUAAUUUUUAAGAUAAAAUAAAAAAAAUAAACAAAUAUGUAAUAUUUGA